CAUUUCCAAGGCUUUUGCCGGAGAAGCGCGUGUGUGCGGCAUCCGUGGGACUGUAAUCAAUAAGCAGUCUGAAGUAAAUUAUUUUUGUGUCACAAUGAAGCGGUUAUGGGUCGUAGGGCUUCUCUGUGCCCUUCUUGCAUUCACAUCUGUGAAGGCAGAUGAUGAAGUUGACAUCGACGGAACUGUGGAGGAUGACCUGGGCAAGAGCAGGGAUGGAUCCAGGACAGAUGAUGAAGUGAUACAGAGGGAGGAAGAGGCCAUCCAGCUGGACGGAUUGAAUGCGGCACAGAUUAAGGAAAUCCGUGAGAAGUCGGAAAAGCAUGUCUUCCAGGCGGAGGUGAACCGUAUGAUGAAGCUCAUCAUCAACUCUCUCUACAAGAACAAGGAGAUCUUCCUCAGGGAGCUCAUCUCUAACGCCUCUGAUGCUCUGGACAAGAUCCGCCUGCUCUCUCUCACCAACGAAGAUGCUCUGGCUGGCAACGAAGAGUUAACCGUUAAGAUUAAGGCGGACAAGGAGAAGAACAUGCUGCACGUGACGGACACGGGUGUGGGCAUGACCAAGGAGGAGCUGGUGAAGAACCUGGGCACCAUCGCCAAGUCGGGCACCAGCGAGUUCCUCAACAAGAUGACGGAGAUGCAGACGGAGGGCCAGUCCACCUCCGAGCUGAUUGGCCAGUUCGGCGUGGGCUUCUACUCUGCCUUCCUGGUGGCCGACAAGGUCAUCGUCACCUCCAAGCACAACAACGGCACGCAGCACAUCUGGGAGUCUGACUCCAACGAGUUCUCAGUCAUCGAGGACCCACGAGGGGACACGCUGGGACGCGGAAGCACCAUCACCCUUGUGAUGAAGGAGGAGGCCUCUGACUUCCUGGAGCUGGAGACUAUUAAGAACCUCGUCAGGAAAUACUCUCAGUUCAUUAACUUUCCCAUCUACGUCUGGAGCAGCAAGACCGAGACUGUGGAGGAGCCCAUUGAUGAGGAUGAGGAGGUGAAAGAGGAGGCCAAGGACGAGGACGCCACUGAGGAUGAGGCCGAGGUGGAAGAGGAAGAGGAGAAGGAGGAUAAGCCCAAGACUAAGAAGGUGGAGAAGACUGUGUGGGACUGGGAGCUGAUGAACGACAUCAAGCCCAUCUGGACGCGGCCCGCCAAGGAGGUGGAGGAGGACGAGUACACCGCCUUCUACAAGACCUUCUCCAAGGACUCUGAUGACCCCAUCGCUCACAUCCACUUCACCGCUGAGGGAGAGGUGACCUUCAAAUCCAUCCUGUUCGUGCCUGCGUCUGCCCCUCGUGGCCUGUUCGACGAGUACGGCUCCAAGAAGAACGACUAUAUCAAGCUGUUUGUGCGCAGAGUGUUUAUCACUGAUGACUUCCACGACAUGAUGCCCAAAUAUCUCAACUUCGUCAAGGGAGUGGUGGACUCUGAUGACCUGCCCCUGAAUGUGUCCAGAGAGACCCUGCAGCAGCACAAACUGUUGAAGGUGAUCCGCAAGAAGCUGGUGCGCAAGACACUGGACAUGAUCAAGAAGAUCGCAGAGGAGCAUUACAACGAGAAGUUCUGGAAGGAGUUUGGCACCAACAUCAAGCUGGGCGUGAUCGAGGACCACUCCAACCGCACGCGGCUGGCCAAGCUGCUGCGCUUCCAGACCUCCAACAGCGAGAAGGAGGUGGCCAGCCUGGAGCAGUACGUGGAGCGCAUGAAGGAGAAGCAGGACAAGAUCUACUUCAUGGCCGCCACCAGCAGGAAGGAGGCGGAGUCUUCUCCCUUCGUGGAGCGUCUGCUGAAGAAGGGCUACGAGGUGAUCUACCUGACAGAGCCGGUGGACGAGUACUGCAUCCAGGCGCUGCCAGAGUUCGACAGCAAGCGCUUCCAGAACGUGGCCAAGGAGGGCAUCAAGUUCGACGAGAGUGAAUCGGCCAAGGAGAGGAGGGAGGCCCAGGAGAAGGAGUUUGAGCCCCUUGUCUCCUGGAUGAAGGACAAUGCCCUCAAGGACAAGAUUGAGAAGGCCGUUCUGUCCGAGAGGCUGACCAACUCUCCAUGCGCCCUGGUGGCCAGUCAGUAUGGCUGGUCAGGCAACAUGGAGCGCAUCAUGAAGGCUCAGGCCUACCAGACUGGCAAGGACAUCUCCACUAACUAUUACGCCAGCCAGAAGAAAACCUUAGAGAUCAACCCCAGACACCCUCUCAUCAAGGAGAUGCUCAAGAGAGUAAAUACUGAUGCUGAGGAUCAGACAGCAGCUGACCUGGCGGUGGUUCUGUAUGAGACGGCCACGUUACGUUCAGGCUACCAGCUGGCUGACACAAAGGCCUACGGGGAGCGCAUCGAGAGAAUGCUGCGACUCAGCAUGAACGUAGACCUCUCCGAACAGGUGGAGGAGGAGCCAGAGGAGGAGCCUGAAGAAGCACCGGAGGAAGAGGAUAAAGACGACACAGAGAUCGACGCUGAAGAUGACGACGACACAGACAAGACUUCGACAGAGAAAGAUGAGCUCUGAGAGAUUGUGACAAACUGACGGGAGGUGCAGGAUUUGGAGCGGGGGCGGGGGCGGGGGCGGGGGCAGGACUUUUGGGGUGUCCCCCGCCCUUUGACGACUGAACGUCUCUGCCAGGGGGUGGGGAAUUGAGGGAAUUGGGGUGGGGGAGUCAAGGGAGAGGCAGGGGUGCGUAUAAAUGGGGGAGGGUUUUUUAGGCACUGUUUGUGUUUUGAAAUUGUUUUUCUUUUUUUUCUUUUUUUUUACAUUCCUCAUGACUGUAAAUUUGUUAAUAUUUAACGGAGCUGGUUAUGGAGUUCUGAUUUCCUGUCACGUGAACCAUUAAAUGUUUGCGAAAAGGGA